AUCAGAUUCCAAUAUGUGUUCCCUCUAGUUUGAAAGUUUCAUAAAUCAUUACUUUGUUACUUCUCAAAGGAAUAAGAAAAGCUAUUCAAACCACUCAUGGAAGAACAGUUUUUGAAGACAGGUGGUCAGGAAAUGUCCCUGAACACACAGAGAUGCACACAAAAAGAGUCCAAAAUAAAUGAUACAUCAUGAUAGCUUUAACUGGUGUUUGUCUGUUAAUUUCUGUUCCGUGCUCGCCCAUUUUCUUUUGAGGCUCAAUGAAAGAAGCUGAGUUGUAUGAGGUACUCAAUGCUGAGACAGUUCUGCUUUUCUUAAGGCUUAAAACAAUCCAAGAAGAAAAGAAAAGAAAAAAAAAAAAAAAAGAAAAAAAACAUUUCUAAUUUCCUGAGUCUGCGUGGGUGAUCUGCUCCCUAGGGGUACUGGACCAUCUUUGGGAAAGCCAACCUUUUGGUAACCAGCCUUUGGGAAAAACAACCUGGGUGUUUGGGAAGGCUGUAGGUUGCAGUUCUGAGGAAUAGCGAGGGGGAGGUUUGUUUAUCUGUGCAUUGCCCAAGGAGUGUAUUAUGCCAGUGGUAUGCAUAAAUUUGCUUUGCAAAUUGUACACUUCUCAUAAUCUGUUGCAAUUUCAUGUCUCUUCAGGGGUUUUAUGUGGUAAGGUUUUUUCAUUUUAUGGUUUUUACAAGUUGAAUGAAACUGGUAUUUGCCUGUGUAGUAUUUACAAUGCUUUCCUGCUACAGAUGUUUGAGAUGGGAUAAGACUGGGAAAAAAAGAGGAGAUGGGCAGCUUACCAACUAGAAGAGUGAUAACCAUAUUCUUGAUGCUCUGAGAAGGUUGCCUUUAUGUCAUUUCAGAUAUGGUUUUACUAAGGAAAGUUGUCAAGGGAGCCUGAAGAUUACAUGCAGUAGAUUGCAUCUCAGUAGUCGGAAUAGCCAGUUGCUUUUUUUCUGGCCCUUAUACUUUCAAGGACUGGAACUGCAACAACUGAGAAAGAAAGAAUUACACUUCAUUAGUCAAGAGGCCUGAAUUAACAAAUUUGGUUUUCCAUUAUAGUACAAUCUAACUUUAAUUUACCUCCCCAGAGCAUCAGAAAGAUGUCAAAAUGUGAACUUCCUGGAAGCUAAAGAAAAUCUUCAUCAGAUGACCCACAUCUGGUUGUAUGUUCAGCAAGAGGACAUUAAAACAUCAGAUUAUAUUCUCCCUUAUACUUUACAAUGUGCAUAAAUGCUGAUAAAUUUUUCAGCGGAAAACAGAUGUGCCACUUCAAAUGCAGUAACAUGCACAAAGUGUCUUGCUUUGGGCCCUGAGUGUGGAUGGUGUGCUCAAGAGGAUUUCAUGGCUGGCACAACACAGAAGGGACGCUGUGACAUUGUUUUCAACUUAAUGAAAAGAGGCUGCCGAUCAGAUUUGGUUGAAAACCCCAAAGUUCAUGUCACAAUACCCAGUGACCAUGAAACAAAUACACAAGUGACACCAGGAAAAGUUUCAGUCCAGCUGCGUCCAGGAAGUGAAGCAAACUUUAUGUUAAAAGUUCGUCCUCUAGAGAAAUACCCUGUGGAUCUUUAUUAUUUAGUUGAUGUCUCAGCCUCCAUGCACAACAAUAUAGAAAAAUUAAAUUCUGUUGGAUUUGCUUUAUCUAAAAAAAUGGCAAAUAUUUCUCUUGAUUUUCGACUUGGAUUUGGAUCCUAUGUGGAUAAAACCGUGUCACCUUAUAUUAGCAUUCAUCCAGGUAGAAUCCAUAACCAAUGCAGUGAUUACAAUUUAGAUUGUAUGCCUCCUCACGGUUAUAUUCAUGUGCUAUCCCUGACUGACAAUAUAGCAGAAUUCAGAAAUGCAGUGAAUAAACAGAAAAUUUCUGGGAAUAUUGAUACACCUGAAGGGGGUUUUGAUGCAAUGCUCCAAGCAGCUGUGUGCCAGAGCCACAUUGGAUGGCGUAAAGAAGCAAAGCGAUUGCUUCUUGUGAUGACAGAUCAAACUUCCCAUCUGGCCCUUGAUAGUAAAUUAGCAGGAAUUGUAAUUCCUCAUGAUGGAAACUGUCAUUUGAAAGAUAAUGUAUACAUCAAAGCUACAAGUAUGGAGCAUCCAUCCCUUGGGCAGCUCUCUGAAAAAUUGAUUGACAAUAACAUCAAUGUUAUUUUUGCAGUUCAAGGAAGCCAGUUUCAUUGGUAUAAAGAUCUGUUACCUCUGUUGCCUGGUACUGUUGCAAGACAAAUAGAAUCACAAGCAGCAAAUCUCAAUGAUUUGGUGGUAGAAGCUUAUCAGAAACUAAUCUCUGAAGUGAAACUUCAAGUGGAUAACCAGAUCCAAGGUCUUAAUUUCAAUAUCACUGCAAUCUGUCCUGAUGGAAGUAAAAAAACAGGCAUGGAAGGAUGUAAAAAUGUGGGAUAUAAUAAAGAAGUACUUUUCAAUGUAUCAGUUGCAAUGAAAGGAUGUCACACAGCUGGAGGGAGAAAAUAUGCCAUACUUAAGCCUAUUGGUUUCAAUGAAACCGCCAUUGUUAAUGUGCAGCAAAGCUGUGCCUGCCAGUAUGGAGACAGCACAGACCACAACAGAGUAUGGGCUGAUGAAACUUCUGACAGCAAACAGUCCCACUGCAGUGACAGUAACUGUAGCUCUCACAGAGAAGACACACUUCCUUCAGAGAGGUGCAGGCAAUAUCAGGACCAACCUAUCUGCAGCGGUCAGGGAAACUGCAUAGAUGGAAAAUGUUUCUGCUACAAAAACAAGCUAGGCAAGGUGUAUGGCAAGUACUGCGAAAUGGAUGACUUUUCCUGCCCAUAUCACCAGGGAAACUUAUGUUCUGGUAAUGGUGAAUGUGAAGGUGGUAAAUGCAAAUGCUUUGCUGGCUGGGAAGGUGAUCGUUGCGAGUGCUCCUCACAAUCAUCAAAGAACUGCCUGAAUUCAAAGGGCCAGAUUUGCAGUGGAAGAGGAAGAUGCAUAUGUGGAAAGUGUGAGUGCACAGAUCCAAGAAGCUUUGGCCGUUUGUGUGAAUAUUGCCCUACUUGUAACAAAGCCUGUGAAGAAAACUGGAACUGUGUUCAGUGCCAUCAUUCUAACAAUACAUCUCAAGCAAUACUUGACCAGUGCACAGCCUCAUGCGCUUACCUACUGCAUUAUGUUGACCAUACUUCAGAAUGUUUCUCUGGACGAAGCUACUUUAGAGUCUUUUCCAUAAUCUUUAUAGUUACCUUUCUGAUCGGGUUGCUUGUUGUCCUUAUCAUCAGGCAGAUCAUUCUGCAGGGGAGUAGCAAUAAAGUUAAGUCUUCAUCUGAUUACAGAGUAUCUGCAACAAAGAAGGAUAAGAUGUUUUUGCCUACAGUUUGCACAAGAACAGUAACAUACAGACGUGAUAAACCAGAGGAAAUAAAUAUCGACAUCAGCAAGUUGCGAUUAAACGAAACUUUCAAGUGUGAAUUCUGAAGACUGUGUGUUUUCUGCAAAUUCCAUUUCCAUCAGGAUCAACUUUUAAAACGUUACCUUUUGUACUCUGUGGGAAUCUUGACUGUCGCCACACGGUUUUGUUUUGUGCAUUUUGUUGAAUACUGUAACUAAGUGUCCUGUAAACGGAUUCACAUUAUGUGAUUUUGUUUGAAACUAUAGCUGCUGUAUUUUUUUAGGGUUUUUUGAAAGAGAAAUGUGCGUUACUACUGUUCAGAAACAUUAGUGUUGAUGUAGCACUUUAGCAUAUUCUAAUUUAUUUAGUUAUGGCGUAGAAUGUAGAUAUGAACCAGUCUGACAAAGCACUGAUCUCACUCUACAUGUAGCUAGUACUGAUGUGCUCUGUGGGAAUGGACAAAAGCUGUGACUGAAAUAUUAAUAUUGCUGUAUAUUAUAGCAAUAGAUUAAACUAUUAAAAUGCUCUUAAAUAGAGCAAAUGGUACUUUUAUAGGUCUCUCAGAUGAUAUAUUCCACCGAUUUAUCUGCUUUAGCCUCUUAGCUUUUCCUCAUAAAAAUGAAUGGAUUAAAUGAGUAUUUAGUUAACUGGUGUGGGUCUAUAGUUGUGUGUGUAUACACACACCAUGCACACGCAGGUAAAUUAAAUACAAAGUUUUUCAUAUGGAUGAUGUCACUUAAAGAUAAUUUAUAUCUAAUAAAGAGUAAUUUUUAGCUUUUUUAUUUGUUUAAACAUAAAAAACCCUUUUAUACAAAAUUUAAGGUAUUUGGAAACUGAGUGGCUACAGAAAAUGAGAGUUUCUCUGUCCAACAGCAUAGUCUACAUGAUGAUCACUAUUGGCUGACUUCACCUUUAGAGUCAGCAGCAUGAACCCCGUUGCAAGUAGAUAAAUUACACCAGAGCUGUGUUUGGUUUGCUAGCUACAUGUCAGUGUUUUGCCAAAUAAAGGCUUUGAUCUUUUUGUAUGAUGUCAGGAAUGUCUGAUUUUACACUUGCUCUUUUUCUUUAUGUAAAUUAGUUGAUGGGAUUGGGUUUUGUAAAUUUUCUUGUAACCACUUCAUUUUUUUUGACUGUGUCUUGAGAAGUGUGUCCAGUGUGAUGUGGAAAAGAACCUGCAGUUCAGAAGGUGAGGAAAAUAUGAGUCUUUUUCUCAAGGGAACACAUUAGUUAACUUCAUAAAUGUGGGAUCAGAUUCUGCCUUCAGAAAUAGGCAAAGCUGUUCUAAAUAUGGUGGGACCAAUAUAAGCCUAUCUGACAGAAGAAUGUGAGCUACAAGGUCACAUAGAAGCAUUUUUUUAACCCUGAAAUUGACUGUAAUGGUAGAAGAUUAUUAUGUUAUAUGCUAGUUGGAAGUGUCAGUCUGAUUUACUAACCCUGUGCUGCCGAAACUCCACAAAAAUCUGAUCAACCUCUAAUGCUCUAAAAUCUUGCUGGCAAAAAGAAAACUCGUCUCACAAGACAGUGUAUCAUUUUAGCAAUUUUUAUUGCUAAUAUGAAAUAUUGGUCUGUAUUUGUCAUAGAUAAGAGUUACAGAAACAAAGCAAGACCUCCUUAUGUGCAGUUUUUUAGACAUUAGUAUAUAUUGCCUAUUCCAUAUUUCUUCUGUAAAUUCCCACUAGAAUCUGAGGAAUAUGCAUGUGAAAAGAAGGCAGGAUGCAGAAGAACUGAUAAGUGUUAUGUGAGUGUUCAGUUUCUUGAGUAAUUGAGCGUAUUGAGAAAAACAAUAUGAAGACAUUGGCCUCUUCAUUAGUCAUAAAAGCUCUAGACCUUAGGGAUUGGGUGUUUUUUUUUUAAACCUGUAAACUGGACUAUUAAAUGUUUCUAAAGCAGUCUCCAAAGUAGGCCCUGAGCUUUCUACCAUAAAGGUAAAAGUCUCAUUUAAAGAAAAGGGUGUUUCCUUACACUGACUCUGACUUUAGUGAUAGCUUAAUUGUAGAACCUUAGUUAUAGAUAAUUCUGUAGUCUAUCAAGUAUACCUUAAACUUUUGUUUUCCUUUAAAAAAUUUAGGACCAUUUUCUUUCUGUGUAAAUUAACAGAUUCCAAAAAACUGGUUUCAGUGGGAUAGAGAUAAAAGAUUGAUAAAAGUUUCCCUGCUAUUACCCUUAUCACAAUUCAUGACUAUUUGUGCGUAGCAAACAGUCUAUGGUUGUCUGUUUCACUUUACCAAAAAAAAAGAAAAAAAAUCAAUGCUCAGUGGUAUUUUCCCACCAUAAUGCUUUAAAGCAUUUAGUAAAGCUUUUUCAGAAGUGAUAACUUUUUUUUUUUGUAGAAAUUACUUUUCACUGCUAGAGGCAGUUAAAUUGUGUGAGUAGGGGACAACGGAGCUGGGUUCUCAAUUGAAGAAAGAUUUGAGCUGUAACACCCAUCUUCCAGACACAUCACACUGCUACUGCUUUUCUUCUGUAGCACUUGGUUGGCAUUGCGGUGCUGCCUGUGAAGGGGCACGGCCAGUAUUUCCUUAUCAGACACCUGCCUGAAUGUUUAAAAUGCUCUGGUCAAAUAGAGUAGGCUCACGGGACCAAUUGCACUUAAGCUGCUUGCUGUCCUGAGAUUAAAAAAUGUACAUUAGGAAAAAAAAUUUUUUUAAGAAAAAAAAAAAAAAAGAAGAAGAAUAAAAAGCUGUUUUGCAUCUCCCUCAUGGUUUUGCUGUAUUGUGGAGGAGGCUGGUGAAAGAGAAUAAGCUGCUGCUAAUGUGACAGGUCAAGGCUUUUAGAAGGCCCGUGGGGAGCUUAUACAGAGCAGGAUUCUUGGGAGGAGGCUUUGUUUCUAGGGAUGGAAUCUAUCCAUGAGAAACUCUGGCUUUGCUUGGUACUUGUUUCCCUCUGCCUUUGACCAUGUUUUUCAGAAGAGCUGCUGCUGGAGAUGAAUAGCUCAACAAAAGCCUCACUAUUUAGGGAGUUGUGUUCCCUCAGCACAUGACCUUAAAUGAGAAAGCAGCCUGUAAUUCACAAAGAAUUUCUUCAGUGAUUGGAGAAGGGCUCUGCUUCCUAUAGUGCUUAAUAUGGGAGAUAUUAAAGACAAAUUAGUUCACAUUAGUUUUCAAUGUACUGUGUGUCAAAGAUGCUCAUAAAAAUGGGGGGAAAAUAUCUAACCUCAGAAUAGAACAUUCCAAACUUCUCAAAUAAAAUUUCUUAUACUAGGCUUCUUCAAAAAAAAAUUAAAAAUAAGUCAAAUAAUUCUACUAUGUGCCUAUAUCCAAAAAUGUACCAGCAGAUACUGUUGCAUUUCAUAAUUUUGGGGGGGAAAUUGUUUUUAGAUUUGUUCCCACAAAUAGAGCAUGUGCAUGACUUUUUACAGCAUAAAUGUUAAUGUUAAAAUACAUAUGUAUAAUUUUCAAA